CACACACACACACAGACAGCGUCCCUCACACACUCUGCCCUGCACCUGGCUUUCCUCCUCUGGCUCCUGCUGUGUCCAGCCUUCGGACCAUGGUUCUGUAUCACCGCGAGUUCGAGAAGGCGGGCCGGUCCGCCGGGCUGCAGGUCUGGCGGAUCGAGAGCAUGGAACUGGUGCCCAUCCCGGACGCCCUGCACGGCAGCUUCUACGUGGGCGACGCCUACCUGAUCCUACACACCGCCAAGCAGAAGGACGCCUGCUUCUACAACCUGCACUUCUGGCUGGGUAAGGAGUGCAGCCAGGAUGAGAGCACCUCGGCGGCCAUCUUUGCUGUGCAGCUGGAUGACUACCUGAAGGGAAAGCCAGUGCAGUACCGCGAGCUGCAGGGCUUUGAGUCGGCCACCUUCUCCAGCUACUUCAAAGCAGGAAUCACUUACAAAGCUGGGGGUGUGGCGUCCGGGUUUCACCACGUGGUCACCAACGACCUGACCGCUCAGCGGCUCUUCCACAUCAAGGGCCGCAGGGUGGUGAGGGCCAUGGAGGUGCCCCUCAACUGGGCCAGCUUCAACAGGGGCGACUGCUUCAUCGUGGACCUCGGAGAAGUGAUCUAUCAGUGGUGCGGCUCCAAGUGUAACAAGUUCGAGAGGGUGAAGGCCACCCAAGUAGCAGUUGGUAUCCGUGACAACGAGAGGAGUGGGAGGGCGCAGCUGAUUGUGGUGGAGGAAGGACAUGAGCCAACCAAAAUGACAACGGUUCUUGGGGAAAAGCCAGACCUUCCGGAAGGGGACGACAAUGAUGAUGCAACAGCUGACAUCUCCAACAGGAAAAUCGCCAAACUCUACAUGGUGUCGGACGCAUCGGGGAGCAUGCAGGUGUCCCUGGUGUCGGAGGAGAACCCCUUCUCCCAGAGUCAGCUGCUGUCGGAGGAGUGCUUCAUCCUGGACCACGGCAAAAGCAAGAUCAUCUUCGUCUGGAAAGGCCACAAAGCGAACCCCAGCGAGAGGAAGGAGGCGAUGAAGACUGCAGAGGGCUUCAUCAAGCAGAUGGGCUACCCGCCCAACACCCAGAUCCAGGUUCUGCCAGAGGGGGGCGAAACUCCCAUCUUCAAGCAGUUCUUCAGAGACUGGAAGGACAAGGACCAGAGCGAGGGACUGGGGAAGGUCUAUGUCACCGAGAGAAUCGCCAAAAUCCAGCAGGUGGAGUUCGACGCCUCCAAGCUUCACGAGUGUCAGCACAUGGCGGCUCAGUACAACAUGGUGGACGACGGGACGGGGAAAACAGAGGUCUGGAGAGUGGAGAGCAGUGGCCGCAUUCCGGUCGACCCCGGCACGUACGGUCAGUUCUAUGGCGGAGACUGUUACAUCAUCCUGUACACCUACACCAAGGGGCAGAUCAUCUACACCUGGCAGGGCUCCAGCUCCUCAAGGGAUGAGCUCACCGCCUCGGCCUUCCUCACAGUGCAGCUGGACCACUCACUCGGGGGCUGUGCUGUUCAGGUCAGAGUGUCCCAGGGCAAGGAGCCGCCCCACCUGCUGAGCCUCUUCAAAGCCAAGCCCCUCAUUGUGUUCAAGAAUGGGACGUCCCGCUCCGGGGGGCAGGCCUCCACCCCCCAGACACGCCUCUUCCAAGUGCGCCGAAACCUGGGGAGCAUCACGCGGAUCGCUGAGGUGGAGGCCGAGGCUCCCAACCUGAACUGUAACGACGCCUACCUGCUGAAGCUGCCCGAGGGGAAGGGCUACCUGUGGGUGGGCAAGGGAGCCAGUGAGGAGGAGGUGCAGGGGGCGGAGUACAUCAGCCAGGUGCUGCACUGCUCGGCCAAUAAGAUUGCUGAGGGGGAGGAGCCAGCUGAAUUCUGGGCUGCUCUCGGCGGGAAGAAGGAGUAUCAGACAUCUACACGUCUGGAGAGUAAGACCAUCAGCCACCCGCCUCGGCUGUUCGCCUGCUCCAACAAGACCGGUCGCUUCACUGUUGAGGAAGUGCCUGGAGAAUUCACGCAGGAUGAUCUGGCUGAAGACGAUGUGAUGUUAUUGGACGCCUGGGAUCAGGUGUUUAUCUGGAUUGGAAAGGAUGCAAAUGAAGUUGAGAAGACAGAGUCAGUGAAAUCAGCGAGGAUGUACAUCGAGACGGACCCGGCGGGGCGGGACGCGGAGACCCCGCUCGUGCUCGUGAAGCAGGGUCACGAGCCCCCCACCUUCACCGGCUGGUUCCUGGGCUGGGACGCCUCGCGCUGGGACAGCGACCCCGUCGCACGGGCGAUGAAAUCACUGCAGGUCCAGUGACAUCCUGACCGGAGGAGCCUGGAUUCCUGCUUUUUUCCCCAAUGCUUUUUAUAUGCUUUUGAGUGCUAUUCCCUAUGUAAACUACUUGGGCUGGAUUCAGCAUAACGUGGUGAACGACCGCAAAGCUGUGAUGACUGUAGUAGCUGUGAUAUUAAAAACUUUGGCUAGCUUCAAUACUGUAAUGUAAUGUAAUCUUCCCUUUUCUAUUGCAGCCUGUUCUGAUUACCCGAGUGCAGCUAAUAGGAAAUUAUCACCUUCACUACAAUGUACCACGUUAUGCUGAAUCUGAUGCAAUUUUUUUAAAACAUUUUGUUACCAUGUAUGUUACAGAAAUAGUGCUUUGCAUACAUCAGGAGCCCUAUAUUCAUUUUUAUCAGUAUUAUGUGUAGCUCUCCCAAAGUUUCAGGGAAAGGGUAUGUUAUCCAGUUUGCACUUUGAUGUAUUUUUAUGUAUAACCACAGCCUUCACAACUGAGAACAGAGCUCAUUACAAGGCCGUUAACCUAUGAAAAAUGAUGA